AAACUCAAGAACUUGCCGAAAAGAUGUACAAUGGCUGCCAUACUACAAAAAAGGUGAAAGAACAAACGGCAAGGAAGUAUAAUCAUCACAUCAAAAAAAAAGCAAAACAAGAGACAAACUGGAACAGCAAUAUCACCUUUGAUAAUUUCGACAGAACUAUCUCAACUGAUUGUAACACCAUGACUUGUAAUGAUUCCAAUGGCAUUACCUUUAACCAUUUGACAGCACCAUCUCCCAACGAUUCUGACACAAUUAUACCUAACGAUUCCAACAGCAUCACCUAUAAUGAAAGCGAACAUAACAACCAGGAUGAUGAUAAUUCCGAGGUAUUAUUAAAGUAUGAUUUGGAUGAAGUGCAUGAAAUUAUCGCCAAGAA